AUGAACACCAUCAAUCCAAUCGAGAAGAAAGCCCUGGCUGAGUUCUUCAACGGCCGCAAUCGAAGCAAGACUCCGGCCACGUAUAAGGAUUACCGAGACUUCAUGAUCAACACCUAUCGCCUGAACCCCAUUGAAUAUCUGACAGUCACUGCCUGUCGCCGAAACCUUGCGGGUGAUGUCUGCGCGAUCAUGCGCGUUCACUCUUUCCUGGAACAGUGGGGAUUGAUCAACUACCAGGUUGACCCCCAAUCGCGACCCUCAAAUAUCGGCCCUCCCUUCACUGGCCAUUUCCGCGUUAUUGCCGAUACACCUCGUAAAGCUCUUGCCGCUACUGAGCGGGCGGCAUCGGCGACCCCCGCCAAGGGUGAUGUCAAUCUUGAGUUGCGCCGCAACAUCUACGACGAGAAAGGCAAAGACGUGACGCCGGCUGACGACAAACAGCCCAAUGGCCAAGCAGCGAACGGAGUCGAACCGUUGGAGCCCAAGAAAAAGUCUCAUUGCUUUUCCCUGUGGUAUUGA